ACGGUGGUGAAGAGUGGACUAGGGUUGACGCAGAGGGUGACGAAGAAAUGACCGAGGUUGAGAGAGUAGGUAGAGAGAAGCAGAAAGACAAAGAAAAGAAGGGUCUAGGAACGAAUGGGUGUAGAGAGGGAAGGCUGGGUGAGGUUGAGGUUGCUUUGAGAAGUCUGGAGGCACGAAAACGUGGCUAUGGUAAUGUUCCCCUGACGAAAAAACCGCCUCACACUAAUAUGUUCAAUACUAAGCGAUCUCUCUCAAAACCUACCUUCUUUCGUUUAACGAAUCCCAUAGAGAUUCGUGAAUUAAUAAUAUCGGGAGACAUUCCUUCAGCUCUGUCGCUAUGUCAAAAGAAGUUUCCACGAGUAGUCUCUUCUGCCGCGGGCCAUGAAUGGACGACGCCGCAAUCGAUUGAAAUGUGCUUUAAACUUCACUGUCAGCAGUUUGUUGAGAUUGUGCGAGCAGGCGAAACUACAGAGGCUUUGUCGUUUGCGCAGGAAGUCCUAAGACCCUAUACUGAAAUUGAUGUAGCGAACGAGGACAAAUAUGCGAGUGCACUAAGAGGAGUAAUACCAUUGAUUGCGUACCGCGAGCCCGAGACUUCACCAGUCGGAAGCCAUUUAUCGCAGACGUGUCGGGAUAAACUGGCAGAUGAUGUCAAUAGUGCAAUAUUAUCGUUCUAUAACCUUCCCAGCCAAUCAGCAAUAGAACGUAUUGUUCGACAAUCAACAGUAAUUCGUGAUAAUUUGCAUAGCGAAAGCUCUACGAAAGACAAGCGGUUGUCAAAGAUAUAUCAAAAGUGGCAGUUCUCUUCAUUUAUCCAAGAGGGAUAA